AUGUCGGGAGCUCAUUUGUCGGGAGCUCAACUGUCGGUAGGUUCAACUGUCGAAGCCGAAGAAUUAUCAAAAAAAUUUAUGGGACAAAAUCUUGAAUUACAACAUGAAAUUAAAACAUUUCGUUCUAAACUUGAUUAUAUUAUAACAUAUAUUAAUCAAAAAUUGGAUCAACAAAAAACAACAACAACA